UGGGUCGAGAGCCUGGGUCUGGAGAAGGUCGAGGAGCUGCGCGAGGAGCGGGCCAAGCUCGUCUAUGACACUAUUGAUUCGCACCCAGAGUUCUUCAAGGGCCCGGUCGACAAGCAGUAUCGCAGCCGCAUGAACAUUGUGUUUAAUCUGCCGACCAAGGAGCUGGAGGCGCACGUCGGCGGAAUCCGCGUGUCGCUCUACAACGCCAUGACCAUCGAGGGCGCACAGGCCGUUGUCCAGUUCAUGCUGUCAUUUUAUGAGCAGAAUCGCCAGUAA